GGCUAUAAGUAGUCAGACACUGUCCUCAAUUGAGUUAAAUAUCUCUCUUUUCCAAUAAUUUUUUCUCUAUUCCCACCAUUUCUUUUCUCCUUUAUGCAUUCACACUUUUGUCAGCCUGAAGUUAUCAAAUUCUUCAUCUGUCUCUGUAUCAAUUUAGUUUUGUGAACCUACUUUUAUUAUCCUUAGUUUUGGAAGUACACUGUGACUAUUUAAUACUGUUAUACUCAGGAAAAAUUCAAGUUUUGCUUGUGGUUAAAACUAUGAAUUGGUGAUCGGAAACUGUUGAUUAUUGCAGUUGAUUAAGAGCUUUUUCUGGAAAACUUUGUAAAUCAGAUUUAAAUAGGCAAAAUGAGCUCUCUGCAAGGGCCUGUUGUUUGUCCUCUGGUUUGUGGAAAGCGAACAGGUAUGGUCAAUUCAUCUAUAGUGAAGGCUACUAUGCUGAGGAGUGAGCUCUGUGGGUUUAAUGGGAUAUCUAGCCGGCCGGUUAAUGUGGCUCGUCUACCACGAUCACGUGUAAGCAAGUUGAUCGGAUGCAGUUUCAGUUCAUCAUCAAAUGACAAUGGUAGCAUGGCCGAGAAUUUUAACGAAAGCGAUGCUGAUUAUGUGAAUUCUAGCGUGGUUGAAGCUGUUGAAGUGCGAAGCGGGAAAGAUGGUUUCAUGAUCAAGAUGAGAGAUGGCAGACAUGUGAAAUGCGUCCAUAACAAUCCACAGGGAGUUCAUCUACCUGAUUAUGCAUCAAACCCAGCUAUUGUGCUAAAGACGGAAGACGGAACUGGGCUGCUUCUUCCUAUAAUUGUUUUGGAGAUGUCAAGUGUGUUGCUCAUGGCAGCUAUACGCAAUGUCCAACUUGCCAGACCAACAAUGUAUCAAGUUUUGAAGGAAAUAGUCGAGAAGAUGGGUUAUGCAGUUAAACUUGUUCGAGUUACCAAGCGAGUUGACGAGGCAUAUAUUGCCCAGUUAUACCUAACCAAGUUAGAUAAUGAUGCUGAGAGAAUUAGUUUCGAUCUUCGUCCUUCUGAUGCAAUCAACAUUGCUGUGAAAUGCAAGGUGCCAAUACAAGUCAAUAAAAACUUGGUGUACAGUGAUGGCAUGAGGAUUGUUGAGUUUGCAAAUCCUGCACCGCGCACCGCCACUUCAAAUGGCCUAUUGUUCCAUGGGCUUGACAAGUCUGAUUAUCAUUAUGGAUUCAGACCGACUGGGCAGCCAUCCAUUGACGAAAAGGAGUUUAUUCUUGUGCGGAACAUGCUGGUUGCUGCAGUAGAAGAACGAUACAGAGAUGCAGCUCUUUGGAGGGACAAGCUUACUCAACUUCGAUCCAACAAGAAUUGGACAUAGCAGGAUUGUUGCAGUUUGUUGAAGCAAGAACUCGAUAUGUAUAUAGAAGCCAUUUGUCAGGGUCGAUGCGGUCAGCAUCUUUGAAGAUCAAUUAUAGCUUGCUCAAAUAUGUUGGAAAAAAAAAAACUUGUGAAUAUAUUGUAUAUUUGUAUAGACUCUAAUGCUAAUGUUAGAAAAAGAAAAACUGCAACUGGUAAAACUUGGUUCUUCUUGGCUAUGUGUAGCUAAGUUUUCUACUAG